GUCGUAGAUGGACCAUUCACUCAUUGCCGCCGCAGCUCCACAAGGUGCGACGUUAAUAUUAUUGUUAUUAUAGUAUGCGUGCAACGGUUCGGCAAUAAAGCUACUCGAUAAGUUUUCUUCGAGUUUUGUUCACUAAUUCCGUUUUGCGUUCACCCCGUUUCUGCAAAACCUACCUCGUCCGUUUAAAAUGAUGAUCGCACAGUGUCUUCUGGUGGCUGGAAUCGCCGCAGUGGUGGUAUCUAUGCCAGUCACUCAAGAGGAGUACGCCAGGUACAUAUCCCAACAACAGACUGAAAAGGGCCAACCGAUUCGCAGACCAGUGCUUCUACAGGUGGUCCCUGCCGGCGGUGCAGCUUACCAACCGGCUGCGGCGUCACCUAGACCAGCUUACCAACAGCCUGCCGCUUACCAGCCACAACCCACCGCGUAUCAGCCACAGCCUGCUGCGUACCAACCCCAGCCAGCCGCGUACCAGCCACAGCCCGCCGCGUACCAGCCAUCAUCCUACCAGUCACCCCAGGCCUACCAACAACCAGAAGAAUACCAACAGCCAGAACAACAGUACCAGCCAUCUCCUCGACCACAAGCACCGCGCCCAAAGGCUCCAUCCAAGCCGAAAUCUCAAAACAGGCCCGAAAAACCGGAAGACGAAGAGAACGACAACAACCCCAAUGCUCAAUACCAGUUUUCGUUCGACAUCAGCGACGAUGAGUCAACUAACUACCACAACCGCAAAGAGCAGAGAGAUGGUGAAAAGAUUUCUGGAAGUUAUAGCGUCGUCGAUUCAGAUGGAUUUAUCCGUACAGUCACUUACACUGCCGAUCCUGAAGAGGGAUUCAAGGCCGAAGUUAGCAGAGAGCCAACCAACAUUCAAGUGAAGAUUCCCACUCCUGCCCCACAAACGUCACCAGCACCACAAUACAGAUUGCCAGAGAGGAAGCCACAGCAGCCACAAUACAUCUCGGUACAGGCCAGCGAACCCGAGUCCGCCGCGCAACCGGCCGAUCCGAUUUCCGGUUACUACCGCAGUCCGGCGCCGCAGCAACAGGUCAAGCAGUCGCCGGCUGUGCACCGAUUCGCCGCUCCCAGGCCUCAGUCAACUGGCCACAAAGCCAGCGCAUUGGGCUACGCCACGGCGCCGACCAACUCUCCGCCAAUCAUCUACCAGGCGUACGACCAGUAAUAACAAAUUCAUGACAACAACAACAACAACAACAGUUGUUAUGUCGCAGUGGACGGUUAGGUUAGCUGCUGCUGCUGCUGCUGCUGCAUUAUCUCAGACCCGA